CAGACGUCACCACUCACCCAUCGCCACCUCUCUCUCUCCCCUCCGAUCUUCGCAUUCUCUCACCCAUGGCUGCCGCCAAAGCCGUCCUUGCUCCUUCAUUCACACCCCACCGCGCAACCGGGGCUCACGAUCCGCUCUUUCUUCCUUCUCACUCAUCAUCCUUUGUUUCUCUUCACCAGUCCCGGAAAGAUCUCUCCAGGAGAAUGAUUGUUAUUAAUGCAUCUGCAUAUGAUUUGAACGCAGUUGGUUCUGCUUCAUUGAAGUCUGGUGAAAGUCUUGAUAGUGUUCCGAUGCCAGUAGUUCUGAUAGAUCAAGAUUCAGAUUCUGAUGCAACCAUUGUUCAGAUUAGCUUUGGUGAUCGCCUUGGAGCUCUUGUUGACACAAUUAAUGCAUUAAAAGAGUUGGGAUUGGCCGUCUCAAAGGGAACCGUUUCCACUGAAGGAUCUGUUAAGCAAACAGAAUUCUUUAUCACUCAAUUAGACACUGGACGCAAAGUUGAAGAUCCUGACAUGCUCGAGAGCAUUCGACUUACCAUUAUUGGCAAUUUGUUGAAGUACCAUCCUGAGUGCAGCGCACAGUUAGCCAUGGGUGAGGUGUUUGGAAUUAAACCUCCAGAAAAGAAGCUUGAUGUUGAUAUUGCAACCCAUAUACGUGUCAAGGAAGAUGGACCUAAGAGGAGCUUGCUAUGCAUAGAGACAGCAGACAGAGCGGGGUUGCUAGGCGAAAUUAUCAGUGUCAUUGCAGACAUAAACAUUGAUGUUGAAUCGGCAGAGAUCGAUACAGAAGGUUUGGUUGCCAAGGAUAAGUUUCAUGUCAGCUAUGGAGGUGCAGCAUUAAACGAUUCAAUGUCUCAGGUUUUAGUGAACUGUCUGCGUUACUACCUGCGGAGGCCAGAGACAGAUAUUGAUAGCUACUGAGGAUAGAUGGGUGAGCCAAUUUUAGAAUAUAGUUAUAAAAUAAUAAUAAGUCAAUGUAAACUGUUCUUGUAACCCAUCAUCAAUGAUCUCAAGAUCUAUACAUGUCUUUCUGCUGUCUGGAUUCUAUGGAACAAAACCUUCCAUUGAUCUUCCUUGAAGAUAGACUCGCGAGUGGAAAAAUCUAGAUCCUGGGCUUUGCCUCAUAUUACUCCCCAGAUUUGUAAUAUCAUCAAUUUAUUAUAAUUAAAAACCGUUUGAUAUGUUAUCU